CUUCUCUCUCGACAGAAACAAAGAAAACAGCUGAAACAUAUCAUCAUCAUCAUCUCCUCAUUUUCUCUCUCUCUCUACAUCAUAAAACCCCCUUCCCCUCUCUCUCUCUAUCUUCUUCCUCAUAUAAACUUCUCGUUGCUUCUAAUUAUUCAUUCUUUCAACCAAUUUGUCAUCUCAUCUUCUGUUAUUCCCAUUUUUCAAUUUUCAACUUCUAAUUCUGCGAAUCUGAGCUUCCUUCUUCGUUUGUUUGUGCUUUGGACUGGUGAUCUCCGUGAUCGGGUUUGUUCACCUGCUUACCGUAUUCCGUCUCUAUUUAGUCGCAUUUGUUCGAUUCGAGAGCAGCAGGGAGGAAUCAGUUGAGAUUCUGUAUUUGUUUUCGUCGGUUCUGGAGAUUUUUUUUUCUUUCACGAGACUGCUCGGUUGUUUCUAAGUCCACGGUGCGAACCUCGGGGCAAGAGAUUCGUGUUGUCCGUGAAAUUAACGAGCUUCGACGCUAAUAUUGGUUGCCCCUUCUACCUGUUAUUCGCUGCGGAGAGCAUCUUUGAUUUGGUUGCGUGUGAAUUCGGCAUCUUUCCUUUUCCCGAGUUAAGUUUGUACUCUGGAUUUCGGAAAUUGGUGAAUGCUCCGGCGAGAGAUUCCCUGAGCCAGCGGCUUGGGCGUAGAUCUGUAACUCAAAGGCCACUGUCAAAAGGAGCGAGGAAUUUGCAAAUCAGCUAUGACCGCAUCGCCAUCGGUGGAUAAUGGAGGCUCAGGCUCCUCUGGAUCAUCUGCCCUUCAAGGCUGUAUGCAAGAAUUCAAACUCUUCGAGACUCAAUCGAAUUUCUACAUGAUUGGUUGGAAUGGUAGUGGAGUGUAUAGAGUACUAAAGAUAGACCGGUUGGAUGCGUCUGAGCUUAACGUCAGUGAGGAUUCGACUGCGUAUACAAAGAAAGAAUGCUACGAAUUGCUAAAACGGAUACACGAAGGGAACAAGGCGACAGGCGGACUGAAACUUGUCACUGUUUGUUUUGGCAUCAUUGGGUUCAUUAAGUUUUUGGGACCCUACUACAUGCUGCUUAUCACUGAAAGAAGAGAUAUUGGUGAAAUUUGUGGUCACAGGGUCUAUGAAGUGUCAAAGAGUGAGUUAAUUUCAUUGCAAAGUUCUAGUGUGCUUUGCAACAUUGCAAAUUCAAGAGACGAGAACAGGUACAAGAGGCUCCUGAGUGUGGUGGACCUUACGAAAGACUUCUUUUUUAGCUAUUCUUACAAUAUAAUGCGAAGUUUCCAGAAGAAUAUAUGUGACCAUGAGAGUGGAGGUGUUCUUUAUAAGAAAAUGUUUGUGUGGAACGAGUUUUUGACUCGGGGAAUUCGACAUCAUCUUCGAAAUACCGUGUGGACUGUAGCAUUGGUGCAUGGUUUCUUUAAGCAGACAACUCUUUGUGAAGCUGGACGGAAUUUCAAACUCACUCUUAUUGCUAGGCGUUCCCGCCAUAAUGCUGGAACCAGGUACUUGAAACGAGGAAUAAACGAAAGUGGCAAUGUUGCUAAUGAUGUCGAAACAGAGCAGAUAGUUUCUGAGGACGUUCCUGAAGACCAUCCCAUGCAAAUAAGUUCUGUUGUGCAGAAUCGUGGCUCGAUCCCUCUAUUCUGGUCACAAGAGACCUCACGAAUGAAAGUUAAGCCGGAUAUAGUAUGUAAGUGUUAUUACACUAGAUAUGCUGCCUGGUCCUCUCUCUCUCUCUUCUCUUUCUCUCUUCUCUUUAUCUCUCUUUCUAUCUCUAACUCUCCUUUGUGUUUGAAUACCUCAAUGUCAAAUCCAGUGUCAAAAAGGGACCUGAACUAUGAGGCAACUAGACUUCACUUUGAAAACCUUGUAGAGCGAUACGGAAUCCCCAUCAUUAUUCUGAACUUGAUCAAAACAAAAGAGAGGAGACCCAGGGAAUCGAUUCUCCGGGCAGAGUUUGCUAAUGCAAUAGACUUUAUAAACAAAGAUCUGCCUGAAGAAAACCGCCUAAGAUUCCUCCACUGGGAUUUGCACAAACAUUUUCAGAGCAAAACAGCAAAUGUGUUGGCAUUUCUUGGCAAGGCAGCUGCCUGUGCUUUGAUGCUAACGGGUUUCUUUUAUUAUCAAGUUACCCCCGCAAUGAAGCUUGAGGGUUAUAUGAGCUUGUCUUCUUCUGACGCCGACAUGUCUCCACAUAAUAGUUCUGAUGAUGAUAGUGGGGAAUUUGAUUCCCUUGAGAAGAAUUUUCGCCCAAGUAAGAAUGUUACUAAUGGCGAUUAUAACAUCAAGCCUGGCAGGCUCCAGAGGGGCGUGCUGAGGACCAAUUGCAUAGAUUGCCUUGAUCGUACGAAUGUUGCACAAUAUGCAUAUGGUUGGGUUGCUCUAGGACAGCAGCUUCAUGCUCUGGGAAUUAGAGAUGCUCCAACAAUAGAACUUGAUGAUCCUUUGUCUAGUUCUUUAAUGGGUUUAUAUGAGAGAAUGGGAGAUACACUAGCUUACCAGUAUGGUGGAUCUGCAGCACACAAUAAGGUUUUCAGUGAGAGGAGAGGCCAGUGGAGAGCAGCAACCCAGUCACAAGAGUUCUUGAGGACUCUGCAACGUUAUUAUAAUAACGCAUAUAUGGAUGCGGAUAAACAAGAUGCUAUUAAUAUAUUUCUUGGUACUUUCCAGCCCGAACAAGGGAGGCAGGCAGUUUGGGAGUUGCGUUCAGAUUCCCAAUCUAGUGGACGAAAUGGAGAUAUAAGCUCGGGGGAAGAUGAAAGGUUUCUUGUGAAGAGGUGCUUAUCAGAUGGGAAUAUUCUCCAUGAAAGUCACACACCGAUGUCCACAGUGAGUAGCAAGCAUGAAAGCAUAUCACAUAGAGGCUUCAUGUCGUCACAACAAGUGACUAACAUAAUUACAGAGUCAUCACCAGAUAUGCCAGCUGCUGGUGAUGUAGCAUUAUCGAGGUGUGUCCCGUCAAUGCCUAGCACACAUUUUUUUGGAGAUGCGCAGAAGGUUCAACAUAAUGGUAGUAGCUCCAUGUACUUGUCCGAGCAGGAAGACAUGUCUAGUGUCUCAAAUUUUGUUGAUGUCGAGUGGCUUUCAUCAUCGGAAAAUCUAUGUGAAAACGAUCAAUUGUUCAGGCCGUCAGCGCUUACAAGAUAUUCAACCGCAGAAACGUCAUCAUCAGAGAAUAUCGUCAGUGUAGAAAAACAAGCGAAGCCAGCUAUGAGCGAGAGUGGAUCAAGUAGCAGGAAGGGAAAGGAACCUAUGGGAACCGAACCCUCUGUACACACAAAUAUUCGCGAUGAUUUUACAGAUAGCUUCAAACAAUGGGUAGCCUAUGGAGAAGCACUCUGCCAUUAAAGCUCUUUCGACUUUCCCAAUCCAACAAGAACAUGCUUUGCCUUCACCAUACUUAUGGUCUUUGAUGGACAUUUGGGUAUUACGGUGCAAACAUGGAGAAGUGACUGGUAGAGAGAUCACAGUACCACGUAUUUGAAACUUCACGGUGAUGACCAUAAUGUCAAAAGAGGUAUACACUAUUUUAAGAGGAGCAAAAAAUAAAUAGCUGAGAAGCUUGAGUUUGCAGUCUUGCAGAGGGAUAGGGAAAUUUUCAUCUUCGUGGAGAGUAACUUGUGAUUAUCUGAGACUUUUGUUAGGGUUUGUUUUGGUUUGACGUCUGUUGUAAAUAUCUGUUUGGUUAUUAAUCCAUCUUGUAACUUCUUUUCCAUUGGUAAAAAUCUUAAAUCGCCUUUAGGUGCUUCAAAACGCAACUGCAGUUA